CGUCGCUUCGCAUUUUCAUCUAUUGUAGUUUGUGGGCUGUACUGGAAUAGCCUGGCUCACGAUGAAACCGAGUAUCUAUAACCGUUUGAUGCCAUGAGUGAGCUGGAGAUUCUGAGGUGAGGCGCAUAACCGAUUUUAUGAUUCUACCCGCUGUCAAUGAUCUGGCGGCAUAUCGUGGAGCGCCACCAACAAGAAACAUUCACAACUCCGAGUAUGUACCCGCUAAUAGUUGCGAGAUGAUUUCCUCUUUCAAUUAUCUUCGCCUCAUUCGAACAGGAGUCCAGAGCUUCCCCCAGAAAAUCAGAAAUAAGGACCCGACCGCCGUCCCGCGGGCCUCGAGCUGCCUCGACCACAUCGCGACAUCCCACGAGACACCACACCACCUCUUUCACACACAUCCACAGAAACCCUUUCGCCUCCCGGACCCCAAAACUCUCUUCCGCUGUGCGCCUCGCGGCCCAUGCUGCCACGAACUUGGGGAGCCUGGGCCAGGCUUGGCUUUCUAGGAAGGCCGCCCUUCGCUGUUUCGAGGUGGGAGAGGCGGUACCUUUACGAUUCCGCUCGUUUUGCGGUUGGAAUGAGCGCUAAGAGUUAUCAAGUA